AUGGAAGUCGAAGCGAACUCGAAGUGUGUGGUCUGUGCGAAUGAUUGGGUAGUUUUGAAACGCGAUGACUUUGCGAAAGUAGUUGAGGUAGUUUCUGACCGGAGUUAUAAAGUCUCUAAAUGUACGGUUAAUCUUAGUUCCUUAGUAGGGAAACGGUAUGGGCAAUGGGUAGAAAUCAAAGGUCAUCAGUUUGUCACUGGGAAAUCUCCUGAUGAGAUUGUGAAUCAGUUUUGUCAAUCUGAAGAUGAAGUGACGAAAGACAAUCGCAAUCUGAAUGAUCAGAAUACAGCCCAGCAUUUAACAAGUGAUGACAUCAGUAAAAUGAAAAGUGAAGGAUUAGCUGGAGAAGAGAUCAUAUCCGAAUUAUUAAAAAAAUCUGACACUUUUGAAGGCAAAACGGGAUACUCUCAGACCAAAUAUUUAAAGAAGAAAGUCGAGAAACACGUCAUCUGCUUUCAAAUCCUCGAAGCCUCCCCCAUUAAUUUAUGUUCCGUUUAUUCGUCCAAAGGCGCUUUUAAAGUCGGGAAGAUCCGCGAAGACGCUUUAGCCUAUAUAUUGUUUAACGCAAACUUACGAGGGUCCGUCGCCGUCUUAGAGAGUUGUAAUGGACUCAUUAUUGGCAGUAUUUUACGAGCAGUGACGGACAAUCUUCAUGUCUAUGCUAUUCGCUUCUCGAAGGAACAGUACAACUUGGUUCCUAUAGUAGCACCCAAGCGCGAUAGAGUACCUUCGCGCGUCGAGAGCGUCGUCACUCCAAUUGAUAGUAAAACAACUAGUAAAGAUAUUAAUAGUAUUAGUAAAACUGUGAAUAGUAUUAGUACUAGUAUAAAUAUAACUUCUCAAGACGUUAAUCAUGGGAGUGAGAUUUGUCAAGACGGAAUAGACGAAGUAAUUAAAGAAGUGAAAGAAGAAACUCAAGAACCAAAAGAAUUAAAAGAACUAAAAGAAACUAAACAAGAGAAGUUAUAUGGUUAUCGUAUAGUUGACUUCAAACCAAACUGUCUUCCUGUUCUAGUUGAUUCAUUAGUAAUAGUAUGUCAUGUUAAUCCAUUAGAAACUGUUCGGUACUUAUUUCAGUCUUUGAAGAAGUCGGGGUCUUUAGUGGUGUACAGUCAAUAUUUAGAAGGUCUUUCAAGACUUUAUAAUUACUUAACUAAGAAGAAAGCUUUAGUCCACUACGGACUCUUCGAACCAUUCUGUCGAACUAUUCAAGUGUUACCCAACCGCACACAUCCAACAGUCUUAAUGGACUCUCUAGGAGGAUAUAUCAUGUAUGGCAUUAAAGUGAGUGAAGCCUUCGAUGAAGUCGAUGGAAAGAUCGAAGAAAAGAAAGAUGAAGCUCCGUUAUAUCUGAAAAAUACGAAUGAUUUAUUAGAUGGAAGUCUCCCGGUUGGUAAAGAAGAUCUUCCUACAGUGUACCAACAGAAAGAAUAA